AUGGGGUUUAAUAUAAAUGGACAUGAUUCUCAGAAUGAUGAUGUUGAGAUUAAUAACAAUGGCAAUGAAGAGGCUAAUGUGGAGGUUAAUGACCAGAGAAGUGGACAUGAUUCUGAGAAUGAAGAUGAUGAGUUUAAUAUCAUUGGCAAUGAAGAGGUUGAUGAUGAGGUUAAUAACAUUAGAAAUGGACAUGAUUUUCAGAAUGGUUCAAACGGUGAAGAACAACAAAGUCGUAUUCCAGCUGUGGGUAUGAAUUUUGCAAGCGGUGAAGAAUUUACAAGGUUUUGCCAUAUGUAUGCCUUUGAGAAAGGGUUUGAAUAUUUUGUUCGAACAUGUAUAAUAAUGGAUGAGUAUCGUGAAAAAGGAGUACAUCAUCGAGGUGUUGGGGACAAGGAGCCUAAAGACUACAUGAUGUCUCGUAUUAGACUGUUGUGCAAGAUGGGUACGAAAGAUAGGAGGAAAAAGAAAACUGGAAGGAAGAUAUCAAGUCCUCCUCCAGGGUGUAAGGUUUUGGUUGAGGCACGUUUGUCAGUUGAUGGUAGGAUAUAUAUUAAGAAUUGUGAGCUGUCCCAUAAUCAUGACCUAUUUCCAAAUGAUAGCCGGCUUAUGGUGAACUAUCGGGGCAUUGAUGAUGGUGCUUAUGAGAACAUGGUUUUAAACGACUCAGCGGGAAUUUCAAUGACCAAAAGCUUCAACUCUAUUGUUAUUGCAAGAGGAGGACAACAAAAUGUAACUGUUAACAAGAGCGAUUUGAGGAAUGCGGUAAACAUUGUUCGGCGACGUGUCAUAUUUGGUGGGGAUGCUGACGCUGCUGAUACAAGGGCGCGUGCGCAGUACAAAGACUUUGGAGACAUUGUUUCGUUUGAUACAACAUUUUUGACAAACAAGUACCAAAUGCCAUUUGCUCCUUUUGUUGGCUGCAAUCAUCAUGGGUCGUCCAUCAUUUUAGGUGCAGCCUUAGUUUCUAAUGAAAAUUUAGAAACAUUUGAGUGGGUUUUUAAUCAAUGGCUGCAGUGUAUGGGGAAGCCGCCAAAAGGCAUCAUCACCGACCAGUGUAAAGCUAUCGGUAAGGCGGUUAAGAAGAUUGCUCACAGGAACCUAGGAAAAUUAGAGAAAUUUAUCGAGAUACAAGCUGAUUUGAAAGUUGUCGUGCAUGAUUCGCUGUUUAUAGAAGAAUUUGAGGAUUCUUGGAAACAUAUGGUGACAAAAUAUCGGUUGCAAAACAACGAUUGGAUCAAUGACACAUUCGAGAAUAGGGAACAUUGGGCCCCAAGUUUUUGGAGGGGCAGUUUUUGGGCGGGGAUGUCAUCCACCCAACGGAGUGAAGGACAAAACCGAUGCAUUAAAGGAUACGUUAGUUUGAACACUGGACUGUUGCAAUUCAUGAAUCAAUUUGAACAAAGCAAUAAAAAGAAAGUCAAAGAUGAGAAGGAUUUGAAUUUCCAAUCACACAGUAAUCCUUUUGAAUAUGAUAACACAAUUCUUGCGGAGUGCGUAUUUAGCAAUGCGUACACCAAUAAAAAAUUUCUGGAGGUAAGGGAUGAGGUGAUAGGUCUAAGGCACACAAAUGUGUUGAGGACAGAAAAUGAUGGGAAUAAAGUUUUGUAUGACGCAGAAGAGAAGAUUCCUAUUCCUGUGUGGAAAGCAAGGCGAAAAUUGUUUAAGGUUUCUGUGGACAAAGAUAAUGAAUUUUUAUGCUUAUGCAAACUAUUUGAGUUUUGUGGAAUACUUUGCAGACAUCUUAUCAGUGCCAUUGAGAAAGAAGACAUUGAUUUUACUCCUUCGAAAUACAUUCUGGAUCGUUGGAGGAAGAGUGUAGUACGGGGUUACGAAGGCAUUAGUGUGUCAUACUACGACCCUAAUGAUUCUAUUAAGCUGAAAAAGCAGAACGAAAUAAAUGUCAGACAUCAAUACUUGUCAUCGUUUGCCAUGCACAGCGAGUUAGUAAAUCGGGGGUGUUAUAGUGCUACUCUUGAAGCUGUAAUUGGUAUUCGAUCAACAAAUGGUGUACAAGACUGGUCAGACCCUUCAAUGAACAGGGUGUUUGGCCGGCACAGGCUCAGGCCGAAGGAGCUAAACCAACAAAAUCUUCAACAGAAUGCAAAACCCCCCGAAGAAAGGAACAUCAAGGAUCCUGUAGUCAAAAGAGGUUCAGGAAGGGCACAGACUACAAGGAACAAACACCCAUCAGAGGAAGGGAGUAAGAAAAGGAAGAUGAAGAACAUCCAGGAACCUGAUGAUGAAGGUGAGGAUGAUGAUCCUUUUCACAAUGGUAUAUUUGUUGAUACAAACCAGAUGUAUGGAGUAAAUUCGCAGCAGCAUAAUGGUAAUAUGAGCUCUGUUUACGGUGCUCAAGUUCAGUAUGGUUAUGUUGACCCUCGAGGGUUUUACCAGUACAACUCAUAUGGUGGGCUAAAUCAAGGCCUAGUUGGAUAA